GUUGGAAUCCAUUGCUAUGCUCUUCCCUCACUUGCUGUUCUUAUCAAGCCUUCCCGACAAGCUGCAUGAUGCAUGCAAUGGAAGGACAGACGACCGCCACCCCUCCAGCCACUUCAUUUUUCGAAUUCUCAACACUCUGUUGCUUGACUAGAUUUUUCUAUCGGCGCUGCCUUUGCCACAUACUCACACAACGUCAAAUUAGCAGACAAUUGACUUCUUCCUCGUUGUAUCUUGUCUAUAUUGACCCUAGUCCUUGCGGGGUCCGUUCACCGUCUUUUUGGCGCUCAGCCUGGGAUUCAAACGAUCAAUGGCUGGACGUCUCUCAUACGACCUAUCCAUUCCUUCUCCAUAAACGGCCAGUGAAGCACUAUAGUAUAUAUGACAAGAGCGUGACACCAUGACCGGUGUUCAAGACAACGACGAGCUACUGCUGGCUCGCAUUGGCUAUCGACAGGAAUUACAACGCGAGUUCUCGAAGUGGUCGACCAUCUCCUACGCUAUCUCCAUCCUGGGAAUCCUCGGUUCGGUGCCCGCGACAUUCGGUGCUCCUUUGGCCGCAGGGGGUCCGGCCACAGUGGUAUGGUGCUGGUUUGUGGGCUCCUGUAUGGCUCUAUGCAUCGGCAGCUCGGUAGCGGAGCUUGUGUCAGCAUAUCCCACAGCUGGAGGCAUGUACUUCGUCACCAAGCAUGUCGUGCCAGAGGAAUAUGUGCCCAUCUUCUCCUGGAUUCAAGGUUGGUGUAACCUCCUGGGACAAACAGCAGGGGUUGCUAGUGUGGUCUACACUGUCAGUCAGAUGCUGCUCGCUGGUGCUAGUAUGAACUCGGCAUUGGUCGAUGGGAAAUACUCUUACUCCCCAUCUGCAUCCGAUACCGUUCUUUUGGCUGUGGCCCUCCUAUGCAUCCUAGGUGUGGUUUGCUCUAUGACCACCAGAUCAUUGCACCGCAUCAUCGCCUGGUUUGCCCCAAUCAAUAUCACCGCCACUGUCUGCAUCUGCUUCACGCUACUAUGGUACACGCCCAACAAACAGCCCGCCGUCUGGGUGUUUACCCACUUUACCGAUGGCUCCGGCUGGGGCUCUAAGGCGUUCUCCUUCCUGCUGGGCUUCAUCUCCGUGGCUUGGGUCUUAACAGACUACGACGGCACGACUCACAUGUCUGAGGAGACCCGUGAUGCGGCCGCCCUCGGGCCGGUCGCCAUCCAAACCGCCGUGCUCGUUUCUGGCACUCUCGGUUGGCUACUGACGAUAUGCCUCUGCUUCUGCCUCACGGACUACGAAGGCAUCCUCAACACCCCCACCGGCCUUCCCGCGGCGCAGAUCUUCUUGAAUGCCGGCGGCCCUGUCGGCGGCUCCAUCAUGUGGGGUUUUGCGAUUCUUGUGCAGCUGUUCACCGGCUGCUCCGCCAUGUUGGCCGAUACGCGAAUGGCCUAUGCAUUUGCCCGUGACGAAGCCCUGCCAUUCUCCUCGUUCCUCUCCCGCAUCAAUCCCCGAACGCAGACCCCUCUCAACGCCGUUUGGUUCGUUGUCCUCUUCAGCAUCAGCCUGACCUGCAUCGCCAUCGGGUCGACGCAAACUGCCACCGCCAUCUUCAGCAUCACCGCCCCGGCCCUCGACCUCUCCUAUGUCUCCGUGAUCCUCGCCCACCAAAUCUACCGCCACCGGGUCAAAUUCGUGCAGGGGCCCUUCACUCUCGGCCAAUGGGGCCCCUACAUCAACUGGAUCUCGAUCGUCUGGGUGACGUUCAUCAGUACGGUGCUAUUCUUCCCACCCCAUGUACCGGUGACAGUCGCGAAUAUGAACUACGGGAUUUUUGUUGGGAUAUUCAUCGCGGCAUUUGCCCUGGUUUGGUGGUGGGCUGCUGCAAGGGGACGAUACACCGGCCCACGGAUAAACGAACAGUUCGAGCCUGUGGCCACGGAGGAGGAUUAUGGGACGUUUUCGGGGACGGACUCGAAUGAUAUCUAGUUUACGAUAAGACUCCGACUUUCUGGAGGGUAUAACACCUACGGAAAGGUUCAGUGUCUGAGAGAGAGAGAGGGAAGAAAAGAAGUGAUCAUUCUAUCCUGUCUCAGCCACACAAAUUCUGGAACAAUAAGGCAAAGACAGGGUACUCGACGCUUGGAUGUGAUGAGUGAGAGAGGAUUCCGCAUCUGGGUUUGGAAGACCGGCAAGAGAAAUGAAG